AUGGAGGGAGGUGGAGGGAGAUGGAGGGAGAUGGAGGGAGAUGGAGGGAGGUGGAGGUGGAGGGAGGUGGAGGGAGGUGGAGGGAGGUGGAGGGAGAUGGAGGGAGAUGGAGGGAGAUGGAGGGAGAUGGAGGGAGAUGGAGGGAGAUGGAGGGAGAUGGAGGGAGGUGGAGGUGGAGGGAGAUGGAGGGAGAUGGAGGGAGAUGGAGGGAGGUGGAGAUGGAGGGAGAUGGAGGGAGAUGGAGGGAGGUGGAGGGAGGUGGAGGGAGAUGGAGGGAGGUGGAGGGAGAUGGAGGGAGAUGGAGGGAGGUGGAGGGAGGUGGAGGGAGGUGGAGGGAAGUGGAGGGAGGUGGAGGGAGGUGGAGGUGGAGGGAGGUUUGCAGACGACACUUUCAUAAAGAUAUAA